UCAUCCGACAUGGAAGCGUGAAGGCAUCCCUCUCUCUACAUCGACGAACAGCAUGUGCGUAUUGCUGUUAUCAGUGAGCAGUUUGAGAGACGGAAUCGAUGAGCAGGGGUUUGGCGGACGCGUGGCCCGGCUGAGGAAUGAAGGCUCUGGGUUUAUUUCAAUUUGUCAGAUUCUCUCUCCAAGCGAGGUCCGUAUCUCUGACUGCGCAGGCCCGUGAUAUGGGUCUGAGUGCUGGCCUGCGGUGCCGAGGAACAAUAGUCGAGAUAGGAGCGCAGGCGCAAGGUGCAAAGUGGCGCAUCUCCUUGAAUCCACACUCCAAGCUGUCAAAAGAUGCCGGCUUCAAGGUUUCGCGAUCGAGCGCCCGCACAGCUCUGGUAAACAAGCGUUACCACGUUGUACUUGCGGGCGUUACAAUGCGAGAUUGAAUCGCAUAUCAGAUCUACCCGUCCGUCUUCGUGGGGAAGAGUCUGGGUCAUGAACUUGUGUAUAAAUUAGUCCUGUCUUGUCCCUUCGUUGGCUCUUGAAUGUUGACUUUGUUUCCCUCGUUUC